AACACCAUUUUGGGUUUUAUCAGCAAUAUUGAGCUAUAGAAGAUUUUUAGUGAAGCUAUGAGACCCAGGGAGUUUUGCAUUACUUUGCAAUAUUGGUACUUUUAAGAUUUCUAGAAGUUUACAUCGAUUCUGGCGCAAACAUUAAUAUGAUGUCAUAUUGCUUGUUUAAGAAGCUCAGUUUAGAGAAUCUAACACCCAUUCACAUGAGUAUCCAGUUAGAAUAUGAAUCCUUACAUCAACCUAGAGGCAUGAUGGUCAAUAACCAUGCAGAAAUGCCACAUCACUACUAGAUCACCAUGAAUGGAAGGCCCGUAACCCUUUCCUAUAUAAAUUUUAACGGGCUAUAUCUCUCUUAUUUUAAGUCCUAACUUGAAUUUUUUUUUUAUAAAUAAAUCAGAAAAUUAUGCUUUUAAGAAUGAUAUCCUCUUUGAUAUAUUUUUGGAAUAAAAAAAUUCAGACAUGGUACCUGUCUAUACCAUGGUAAUAAUGCUUGGUAGUGCAUAAAGUCAUACCAUGCGGUACUGAAGUGUUCCAGGUGGUAUGAACAUACCAGAGUGUAUAAUAAUUGAAUACAUAAUAGUAGAAAUACACAAACUGUCAUUUACCACAUUCAUCAUUGUGUACCACUAGUUACCAAUCCUAUAUUAGGGUGGUAUUGAGUGGCACGUUAUAGUCCAGUUCUCUCCCCUCCCCCCCCCCCCCCCCCCCCCCCAAUAAAUUUGUAGAUCCAAUAAAUCACAAAAAAAAUUCGUUCCAUCUAUGCAAAGAAUUUGAAAAUUUGAGUUAGAAACGAAGGUGGUACCAACUAAUGAGUGGUAUGAAAUAUAUUUUAUCAAAAUAUAUUGAAAAUGGAUAUCAUUUUGUUGAUCACAACAAACUCGUUUUAUCUAUGUAACAAAAUUGAAUUCUAUGUUAACAAAAAGAUAAGAGUCUAUUAAUAAAAUUAGAGAAAAUAAAAAUUAUUAAUUAUAACCUAUUAAAUCUGGAUUUUCUUACCCCAUCAAAUCUAAGACUCCAAAUCUAGUAAUGGAAGGGUGCAUAACCCCCGGCUCAAAUAAGUGAAUAACACAUCCCAAAAUAAGGGCUCAAGAUAGGGUGCAUAACCAUGGGUUAUGCAUCCAUCAAUAACCAAAUCUGGACCCUUCAUUUAGAAAAUCUAGAUCUAAGGAUGGAAAAUUAAGGACCAUUUUUAUGUUUCCUAGCUUUCUUAAUCGGCUCAUAUCUUUUUCGUUUUAACUCGAAUUUUUUUUUUGCACAGAUGGAACGAGUUCAUCGUGCUCUACCAAAUGAGAAUAAUUUUCAAUAUUUUUUUAGAAAUAAAAAUUAUGGCAUCUCGGUACCAACUGCAUACCAUAUGGUAUCUUCUUCGUUUUUAAUUCGCUUUUGAAAAAGUUUGCACAGAAGGGACGAGUUCAUCAUGAUCUAUUGGAUCUACAAAUUUCUUGGUGAACAAAUUACAGGACCAAAAAAUACCACACAAUACCAUACAAUACCACCCUGGUACGGGGUGGUAUUGUAUGGUAUCUUCUUCGUUUUUAAUUCGUUUUUAAAAACGUUUGCACAGAAAGGACGAGUUCAUCAUGAUCUAUUGCAUCUACAAAUUUCUGAGUGAACAAAUUACAGGACCAAAAAAUACCACACAAUACCACCCUGGUACGGGGUGGUAUUGUAUGGUAUACUAUGUGAAAAGUCGUAAACGACAAUUAAUAUACUUCUACUAUCAUGCAUUCAACCAUCCUACAGUCUUGGUUUGUUCAUACCACCAUGGUACGUUUCUCAAACCAUAGGUAUGCUUUUAUUUCAAUACCAGUCAAUACCAUAUGGUAUAGACUGGUAAAAAAUGGCUCAAUUUUUUUUGUUCGAAAAAUAUAUUAAAGUGGAUAUCAUUUUGAAGAGCACAAUUAAUCUGAUAUGACUGUGCAAAGAAAAUUAAAUUUCGACUUAAAAUGAGUGAGAAAUCGUCCGUCAAAGAUUAAAGAGGGAGAAAUUAAAGGCUUUCCAGGAGAGAGAGGAUGCUGAUGUCAUGCUGAUGUGGUCUGGUUACUCAUGGUUACUCACCAUAAGGUUACUGACCUGAUCCGUUCCCAAAAUAAGUGCUUCGAUCAAGAUAACCACUAGAUUAAAUAAGAAAAGAAUGGUGGCCAAUAAAAUGCCAAAUUAUUAAAUCUCCGUUUUCAUGGUUCUUUCUUUCAGCAAGUGCAUAAAUCUUCAUAAUAGUAUAAGCAAUACAUUAUACGUAUCAUACUUUAUUUGAAUCACACAAAUGGUAAGAGUAUCGAAUCAAUGUUUUCCAAAAAAAAUUUUAUAUUCUUCAACUAUAAAUAUCGAUUUACAUUGAAACUCUCAAUUCAUUCAGAUUAAUAUUUUGAGCAUAUAUAUCAAAAGUAAAUAUGAAGCCAAUCGUUUCAUUUUCUUUUCUCAUUUUCGUCUUCUUUGUCACAGGAGUAGCAACAGCAACUAGGAUGGACAAUAAAAUAAAAAAAUAAAAAACUAGGAUGGACAACGAAUGUCAUUCUGUAGCGAAUCUAAAAGACAAUCACACAAUUGAGAUUGUGUAAUUCGCAAUAAAAUACAUCGAUAAAGCACUUGGUGGAGCUGACUUAAAGCUAGUUCAUGUCGAUAAAGGCUUAUUUCAAAACGUUGAAGAUGGUGUUAUCUAUCGCUUUGUUUUUAGGGCCUUCGAAAUUAACACUCAAUUUUACGAAGCAACCAUUUUAGAGAGGCACAAUGGUGACUUGAAGGUUCUCUCAUAUGCUAAAUGAUUGCAUUUUGCUGAUUGUAAUUUUCUAAAUGGAUGAUAAUGUGGAUGUGAUUCCCUUCAAUAAUUUUACAAUAAAAUAAUGAAAAUUCCCCAAAAAAUAUAAUUGUCUUUACUGUUAGUGGUUGUGUUGUAUUUCCAUUCAAUAUUGUAGCACGUAACAAUUUCAAUUUGUUGAUGUCUGGAUAAAGGAUUGUUAAGGUGGUUUGAGAGUGAAUGAACUAUCUAUCUCUAUCUCUACACAUAUUGGAAUGGGAAAACUGCAAUUCCUAUUUCAAAUUUCGUGGCUUGAGAGUGUGUCUAUGAACGUCAUUUCCGUAAUUGUGCCCAAUUUCUUUUUAUAUGUUAAAAUAUUAUUAUUGGGAUAUGAAAUUGCACUUAAAUGAAAGAAGAGCACUAAAACCAACUAGGCUAUAUUGUAUUUAAUGCAAUUUUUAUUUAACUCUAGAAACAUAUUUUUUGUUGACGACUUCAUAUUUAUAUUUUAUUUGAAGUUAUCUAUAUCUUAUAAAAAGAGAAUAAUUCUGAUAUCGAAGCUCAAAUAACAAUGAUUUGAACAUGAAAUUUUAAAUUGUAUGUGUGGUUUAGUUUAGACAAAAUACAGACAAUAACAAAUAUAAUAAAGUAUGUUAAUCCAACAUUUUUGUGUGGACUUGCCAACUAGCGAAUUUCGGCAUUUUUAUUCUAAUUAACUUAAAAGUAACUAAAUAAGUUUGAAUAAUAAAAAAAUUGAAAAAUAUUUUACUAAUAAAUAGUCAUUACCCUAAAUAAAAAAGAGAAGAAAGAUGCACUAUAUUUCUUUUAAGAAAAAAGAAAAAUUAAGAUAACAAAUGAAUGGUCGGCUGGUCGCACUCACAUAACCUCUCAGUCCAACUCUUAUUAUCUUUGCAUAAAAAACUAAUACAUAUUUUGGGAGUUACAAUUUACACUGAGCCCUUUUUCUCAGCCCAACCCAGCACCCCCACGUUCAUUCAUCAACGAAACUCGUCAGCUCCAUCAUAACAAAACAGCAAAUUUGCCUCGAGAUCCUCUUGGAUUCUCUCAUCAGUCCCGCUCGAUGCCACCGUUCCUUCUCCCCGUUGAAAAUCACUCGCAGCAAAUCUGCCUUCUUGUGUGCAAUAAUUUGGACUAAAAUGUAAAUAAAUAUAAAUUAGGGUAGUCACACAGAGUGGUAAUAAAGAAUAGGUUAGAGGAAUCUUAUGUAAUAGGUCAGAACUUAGCUUAUCGAUUCGUGGAGCGGGAGCGAGAGCGAGAAAGCAACUAUUUUGCGAGAAUUGUAUUUCGAGAGUAUGAAGAGAGUGUUCAUAUUAUAUUAUUUUAAUUAAUAUAUUAUAUAAUAUACUGACAAAACUUGUACAAAAGAACAAAGUUGUAAUUGCUACUUGUACUAAACUACUAAUUAAUUUUAUACAUAGGGUAAGAUAAUGUCCUAAAGCCAACUUUUGAGCCUUCCAGUUCGUUUAGUUAGAUUGGUUUUCUAUAAAAGUGGGCUUUAGUUUUAGGUUUUAACCAUGGCUUAGAGUAUCCAUUUGAAGCCCAUAUCUAUUUGGAGCUCAUAAGUAAGUUAACAUAUGAGAAGAGUAAGGAUUUAUUCUCCCUGCAUUCUGUCAUCUUCUUCGUUUCUUUCUUCUUCAACUCUUUGCUGACGACACAGUCAUAUUUGGCCGAGCAACCACAGAUGAGGCCACAAGAAUUAUGGACAUCAUCAAUCAGUACGGAGCAACCACGGGGCAAGAAGUUAAUGCAACAAAGUCGUCAAUUUUCUUCAGCCAUAAUGUCACAAACGCAGAGAAAGAGGAGAUCAUUGACACUAUUGGCUUUGCGCCAACCAAUUGCCACUCACAAUAUCUUGGAGUCCCAACAGAGUGGGAAAGAUCUAAGAAGGAGACGUUUAAGUUCUUGUGACAAAGAAUGGAGAAAAAAGGUGAGGGGUGGAAUAGCCUCCUUCUCUCCCUUGGGGGAAAGGAAACUUUGCUGAAAGCGAUCUUUCAAGCCAUACCCACAUUCAUAAUGUGCCUUUUUCUCCUGCCUAUCGCUACCAUUAAUAAGAUGGAUGCUCUUCUCCGAAGGUUCUUCUGGUCAGGUUCCCUAAACAACAAAUCUAUCCACUAGAUUAAGGGGCAGUUUCUUUGUGACCCCAAGGAGGAGGGUGGCCUCGGCUUCCGCUCGUUUAGAGAGUUCAACUUGUUCCUCCUGGCAAAAAAAUCGUGGAGACUUCUCACGAACCCAAACUCUCUAUGGGGUAGACUUCUCAAAGGGUUGUACUUCCCCCGAACGGACUUCCUUUCAGCUAAAAAAGGAUCACGUCCAUCUUGGAUAUGGGCAAGCCUCUGGGAAGCAAGAAAUUUGAUGAGGAAAGGGACAAUCAGAGUUAUUGGGAAUGGCCAGAGCACUAGAGCGUUCAAAGACCCAUGGAUUCCUGGGAUGAAUGGGGAGGCCAUCUCGACAGGGACAAAUGACAACACUCUGGUGGCUGAUUGGAUCGAUGGCCAGAUCCGUUCAUGGAACUCCCACAUAUUUCCGCCAUCGACUAAUCCUGUUUUCUCUCAACGUAUUGAAAGCAUCCUGAUUGGAACGGAGGAAGCAGAGGACUUCUGGGCCUGGGCCCCCCACCCAAAUGGCACUUCUCGGUUAGCUCUGCCUACCACUUCUUCUAUGAGCAUAAAAAGGAAUGCUACAAGUACUGAGCCCCCACCCUCCCAAAUGGAAAGGGAUCGUUAGAAAUGGCUAUGGAGCCUCUCACUCCCUCAGAAGAUUAAAAAUUUUAUCUGGAAAUGUUCACGGGGAGCUAUUGCAACAAAAAGUAAGUUGUACUCAAGGAAAUGCUCCCCAUCUCCGAUGUGCCCACUCUGUACUGUACACACUGAAACCAUCAAUCACUUCCUCUUCCAAUGCCAACAUGCACAACAAUCGUGGAUGGCAAUGUUCCCUUCUUUUCCUGCUCCCCCGGAGAGUCUCGAUUUUGGAGUAGCUGUCCAGCCUUCUUCCAAACACUCCUGUCAAUUCCAUCCAGACCAUCAACUUCCUUACGUGGCAUAUUUGGAAGGCCAUGAAAUUAGAAGAUUUUCAGAGGGACCACUCUUUGGCCACCGGCCACCUAUGAUAAGGCGUCCAAAGAUGUAGUCUCCUGGGUGGCAUGUCCUCACCAUUCCGGAAUUCAUCACACCACCAGGCUAGGACAUCCCUGAUCCAAUAAUCUUCACCGUCGAUUUCUCAUUUCUUUGAGUUACACUGUGAUGGGUCAUUUAUUUAUGACCCCCAAAAGGCAACUUAUGUUGUCAUUGUUCUUGACAAUCCUGGAGAAAUUUGUGAUGGGAGGGCUGGACCAGUCUUGUGUUCAUCCCCCAUUGAAGUAGAAGCCAGAGCUCUCUUGGAAGCUGUCCGUCUGGCAGAGUCUCUCCAGGUUCCUUGCAUGAUCAAAAUGGAUUGUAUGGCCCUUGUGUUGGCACUGUCCUCAGACCCCCCUGUUUGGCCAUGGCGAGUCUCGGCUUGGCUUGGGAUCAUCUCUAGUCUCACUCAUCAUUCCAGUUGCAUCAGGAUUUCCUUUUUCCGACGUAAGCUCAACUUGAAAGCUGACUGAGUUGCUCGAGCUUUUGUUAGAGAUGAACUCCCUACUGAUUGGAUUACUGUACUUAAUCUCAUCUCCCACCUGCUGUAAUCCUCUUUGUACUGCUUCUUGGCUCGGGAUGAAUAUAUUGAAAGGAUCUUCACUAUAAAAAAAACUCUCCCCUUCACCCCUUUCUCUGUAAAAGGUCAAAUCCCUAAAAUUAAGUCUGGUAGAAUUUCAACACUGAGUUUCACCAUCGCAAAGAUCUCUCUCUCAUCUCUUCUUUCUACUCCACCACCGGAUCUCUCACGGUAGUGUAGCGACGGAGACUGCCAAACCCGUCGCCGCCGUCUCCCUCUCUCUCCCACUGAACAUUCUAGGAGGUCUCUUAUCCGCAUUAUCCCCACAUAUUUCACGAUCUCCUCAAUUGGUAAAAUCUUUUCGGAUGCAUGCAGAGACUCCGACCUCUGCCCACCUUCCUUCGUCAACCCAACCAGCAAUUUCAUCUCAUCCACCAUCUCGGCAGUCACUAAUGCCGGUGGUUCCUCUUAUGCUGUUUUUGAGAAAUAAAGUCGCGAAUUAGUUUACAAAAAUCAUGCUCCAACAUAAAGUAAUUCAUGAAUUUUGUGUGAACCCCUAAUUUGCAUUUCAACGCUCCAAGUCGGGAUCGUCGACCCAUUCCUGGCGAAUUGUGUGACCUAAGACAGAACGCAACAUACAAAUAGUUCCACACUAUGCUAAUUGCUGCGUGUGCUAAUAACAGACAUAAUGAUCUCUCUUUCCCUCUCUCUUCCUUCUUCUCAGCUUUUCCCUCCCUUUUCUAACGUCUCUCUCUCGGAGCUCAUUCCUCUACUUCAUUUGCCAUUCCAAUUUCUUCAUCGAAAGCACAAUUCCAAGAUGGGACGUUGGAAGGUGGUAUCAGAGUCUGGUUCUUGACAGGAUGACAAAGAAACAACUAAAGGAGAAUUUAGUUUCCUCCAUAAAUCGUACAAAAAUAG